CACCGAGGACAGCAGUAGUGGGAGUAAAGGAAGAAGGAACUUUGGAUCACUCUGAGGGCAGCUCGGAGAAAAGAUGGAUCAUGUGAGUGGGACUGAGAGGUUUAUGGAGCCCAGGUCUUGCGGCUGUAAAUCACUCUGCCCUCUCGGGUAUAAAGCACCCGUCCAGCCCAGCGUGGGAGAGAGAAGACGCUCACCACCCCCUGACCCCCAACUCCGUGGCGGCCCCGGGCCCAAGCAGUGAUCCUUUCAGCCUCUGCCAGUCGCCCCCACCAUGUCGGAGGAACUGGUCCCGCACCCCAAUGAGAGCCUGCCGGCGCCUCGGACCGGCCCCCGUGAGGUGUGGAAAAAAGGCGGCCGCCUGCUGUCUGUGCUGCUGGCGGUGAACGUGCUGUUGUUGGCCUGCACGCUCAUCAGUGGAGGCGCCUUUAACAAAGUGGCCGUGUAUGAUACCGACGUGUUCGCGCUGCUCACAACCAUGAUGCUACUGGCUGCUCUGUGGAUAAUCUUUUACCUCCUCCGCACUUCGCGCUGCCCGGAUGCGGUGCCCUAUCGGGAUGCGCAUGCUGGGCCCAUCUGGCUCCGAGGUGGGCUGGUGCUGUUUGGGAUCUGCACUCUCGUCAUGGACGUCUUCAAGACCGGCUACUAUUCCAGUUUCUUUGAAUGCCAGUCAGCCAUCAAGAUCCUGCACCCCAUCAUUCAGGCUGUGUUUGUUAUUGUCCAGACUUACUUUCUCUGGGUCUCUGCUAAAGACUGUAUACAUGCCCACCUGGACCUGACCCGGUGUGGGCUCAUGCUCACCCUUACCACCAACCUGGCCAUCUGGAUGGCUGCUGUCGUGGAUGAGUCUGUGCACCAGGCCCACUCUUACAGCGACUCUCUUGGCAACACCAGUCACACCCGCCUCUCCCCUGACCGAGAAAGUGCAGGGAGCACAGGUGGAAGAGACCCAUGUCCCUGCAGCACGGCCAUCUGCCAGAUCUUCCAGCAGGGCUACUUCUACCUGUAUCCCUUCAACAUCGAGUACAGCCUCUUUGCCUCCACUAUGCUCUAUGUAAUGUGGAAGAACGUGGGCAGGCUGCUGGCCUCCACCCAAGGCCACGGCCACACACUAUCCCGGGUCAGCCUCUUCCGGGAGACCUUUUUUGCCGGCCCAAUCCUAGGGCUGCUCCUCUUUGUGGUAGGGCUGGCUGUCUUCAUCGUCUAUGAAGUCCAGGUGAGCGGAGAGAGAGACCACACCCAGCAGGCCCUAGUUACCUACUACAGCUUCAAUAUCGUCUGUCUGGGGCUCAUGACCUUGGUCAGCCUGAGUGGCUCAGUUAUCUACCGUUUCGACCGCCGGGCCAUGGACCACCAUAAGAACCCCACACGUACCCUGGACGUGGCCUUGCUGAUGGGUGCCGCCCUGGGCCAGUAUGCCAUCUCCUACUACUCUAUCGUAGCUGUCGUGGUGGGCACACCCAAGGACCUCCUGGGGGCACUCAACUUGGCACAUGCUCUGCUCGUGAUCGCCCAGCACACCUUCCAGAAUGUGUUCAUCAUCGAGAGCCUCCACCGGGGACCACCUGGGGCUGAACCUCAUGAGAUGCCCCCCAAGGAGCCUUGCCAAGGUCUCACCUUCAACAAUCUGGAUGCCCUCCAUACCUUACCUGCCUGCCCACCCACUCCCAGGCUGGUCAGCCCCAACCCAGAAAGUUCUCAGGAGGCAGUGGCCAUCAUUUCAGCCCCUAGGUGCCACUGGCGACGUCGGUGCCUAAAAGACAUCUCUUUGUUUCUCCUACUCUGCAAUAUCAUUCUGUGGAUCAUGCCUGCCUUUGGUGCCCGCCCGCACUUCAGCAACACUGUGGAGGUGGACUUCUACGGCUACUCCCUUUGGGCGGCUAUCGUGAACAUUUGCCUGCCUUUCGGCAUCUUCUACCGCAUGCAUGCUGUCUCCAGCCUGCUGGAGGUCUACGUGCUGUCCUGAAGUUUCACACAGAGACAUAGUGAAGGAACCCCAGCCCCUCUGGGAAUGAACCCCAGGCUGGCAAUCACUCCCUGCCAGCCCCAGACUGGAAUUUUCACAAAAAUUUAUUUUUCCAGGAUGAAUUUUUAAAUCAAAAUCAGGACAUGCCCAUCUACCCCUAUAUAUAUCUCCCUGGGACUUGGGGCAAUCAAGGCAGGAAGAUCUCUCCCUGCAUCAUUCCUAGGAGCAGGGUUUAGAAGUGCAGGCUCACCCUAAUCCCAACCUUGCAGCCUGGCCAGAGCAGUGUGUGGAGCUGG